ACUUCCAUUUUCUACUUCAAGAUGAAAUCUCUUCAGAUGACGGUGUUGAGAAAAGUAACAAAAGGGAGACAUUUGCAGAGAGAAUAACAUGACCGUGUUGAAGUACUUACUCUUGUCAGUUACCCGGCCCGCACAGUUAAUCGACAAACGACAAACUGUCUUUGUAAUGGGAGUGAAUUUAUGCUUCUGGAUUCUUGGUCUCUACCUGGCCCUACCUUUGGAAGGGAUAUAUCCUCCACUCUGUCAAACAGGGUAUACGAUUUCUAAGAUUGGAAGUGGCUGUUCUGAUACAGAUGAGUGUGUGGAAGAUCCUUCCAUCUGUGGGAACCAUUCUACUUGCUUCAAUACCCUCGGUAGCUACCACUGUCCGUGUCAUCCUGGGUUCGAAUCUAGGAUCGCUUAUUUCACUUCCGCAGAUGGAGGAUGUACAGACAUUGAUGAGUGUGGUGAGGACAGACAUACUUGUGGGGAGUGGGGAACCUGUCACAAUAGGAAGGGAAGCUACUGGUGCAGUUGUCUCCAGGGAUUCCAUCAGGAAGGCGAUAUAAGUUCCAUGUGUGUAGACGUAAAUGAGUGUAUAGGGGCUGGGAACAAAUACCCCUGUGGCCAGAAUGGAACCUGCUGGAAUCUGGAGGGCAGCUACAGGUGUCAUUGUCCCCCUGGAUUCACUACCUACGGCAACAACCAAUCUAGGUGUCAAGAGCUGAAUUGUGACCCUUUUGCAACUCAGAGUACACCUGAACAGACUCUACCAGGUUUUGACAGCCUCUUGUCUCUCCUGAGCAACAACUGUUUGGUGUUGAUUAACUCCUCUGGGUUGGCUGGAGCUACAGAAAAGACUGGAGAGGCGCUUUUGACAGUACUGGCCAAUGUCACUGAUGUUCUUCAACUCCAGUCCAAUGGUCAAGGUGGUAACAGCGGGAAAGUGACUACGCUACUGAGGACAGUAGAAAACUCUAUCAGACUGAUUGCUCCACAGCUGAAAGAAAAUGUGAGCAGGAUAAAUACAAGCCAUACAGAGGUAGAAGUUGUGGUGAGGAGGGACAGGACACCACCCCGAGGACCAGUCAGACUGACGAAUGAAAAUAUCCAACUUGACACCACCUGGGAGACGGCGAUCGGAGAUGACACGAAUUUCCCAGGUUUUGCAUUUGCCAUUUUGCUCAGCUACAAGAGUCUGCAGACUUUGACCAACAGCUCCGAGCAGCUCUCCUCCAGAGUGGUGACUGUAUCUGUUAGCAACCCCAACACAACAAACCUGUCUGAACCGAUCAUUCUCACCUUCAAUCACUUGAAGUCCAGUGAUGCGAAUACCACCUGUGUUUAUUGGUCAGAUGAUGGUGAGGGGGCUUGGUCAAUCCAGGGCUGCGCCUCCGUGAUGUCCAACUCUACCCACACUGUGUGCUCCUGCACCCAUCUCAGCAGCUUUGCCCUGCUCAGGGGAAUCCAAGAGAAUAAGAAAUGCAGACAGUUGCAGUUGGUGAUGUGGGCGGGCGCUUCCGUGGCGCUGGCUUGUGUGGUCCUAUCCCUGCUCAUGACCCUGUGGUGUCGCUUUGUCAGCAAAAAGCGCAAUGGAGGGAGCCGACCAGAACAGCAUUUUAAACCUUAAAGCACCUCAAUUUAGACAGCAUGGGAUUUCUAAAAUCUCUUUCCUGUGUUUUGUAUAUAAUCCCACCCUAUGUCAAUUUACUGUAAAAUAACUGUUUAGACUGUGAACGAACUGUUAGAAAAUGGAAAUAUGAAGUUUCAGUUUGAACCUCAGUCAAUUGAUAAACAUGAUUUCAUGAAAUAUAUAAAUGUAUUUUGAUAUUAUUGAUUGUUCUCAAUUCCCAUCAAUGUCAAUUUACUUUUAUCACUGUUCAAUUGUACGUAGACGAGUUUACCAUAUAGCAUUAUUACACACGUUUAAAUAGCAACUCUGUUGUAAUCAAAGGAAGGACGUACAUGUUUGUUCAUGAAAGACUGAACACAC